CGCCUCACCUGCUGCCGCGAAUGGUUGUGACGAACUGACCAUCCAACCUUCCAACCUGGAUUGGAAAACAGGGCCGUUCUAUUCCAUCAUCAUUUUUGGCACAUUAUGGCGUUUAGGCGACACGGUCUCUAUACUGUGGAUGUUGCAGGUAUCUGGAUUCUAAUCGAUAACUGGUUGCCUUGACCUUGAGACCUCUCUCAGACCUUGGACAGCCGCCGAGAAAGGCUGUAACCGUCCACGAGCAUCUUCACCCGUUCAUCAUGGUUUCUCCUGCUGCUGGUCUAUCCCCCGCGUCCUCGGGAGCGGGGAGUGUUUGGGGCAAGCAGCAACCGAGUCUGGAGAGACUCGUCACCCAUUAUGUCGCCGCCAAACGAUCGCUGACCUCGACGAACCUGGUCUAUCGGGCGACCGAACUGGUGGGGUCUGCAAGGGAAGCUUUGAAAGAAAAUGCGGUCUUGAGUGCGAAAAGUGCAUUUGUGAAGAGAUCGCUUGAGGACCAUCUGAACUCUUUAAAGGCGGUUCACCAGGGAAUAGAGCAGGUGCGCGGAGAUGUCCAGGACGAGUUCAAUUCCAGCGUCCAUGCCCUCGACGAUGCCUCUUCUCAGCUCCGCUUAAACCUCGACCAUCUCCGCAACAUCCUCGUUGACCCGGCAUUUCGACCUGCAAACGAUCCGCCGAGAUACUUGUUCGAUUUUGUCGAUGAGGCUGGAGUAAACGGUCUGAACGAAAAUGUCCGACGGUCCAUCGACCGGUUCAACGAUGCUCAUGAGAAGCUCCUGACAACCCUCGAAGACUUCGAGUCCGACCUCAGCCAAGUCCGUCGAACGCUAGAUGGCGAUGUGGGCUCAUCAGGAAGCUCGCAUGCGGCCUCUCCCGUCCCCCGGAUCUAUCGGGAGCUAGAACAUCACGCAACCGAGACGGCCACCUGCCUCUCCAGCCUGGUCAACCACUACGACCUGUGUUUGAGUGCUCUUCGCCAUACCUCGGGCGGUGCGGAAGCGGUCGAACGGAUGGUGCAAUCGUCUCAAGACGAAUCCCACGCCGAUCUUCCCGCCGGUCUCGGGUUGGAACUAGGAUCACCAGAGUCCACCAAGGCGGAGCAGUCCCUCUCGGAGUCGGAACGCAACCACAUCCUAUCGCUGGUGGAGAAGGAUUCGCACGAGGUGGACGGCGUGGUCACGGAGAUGCGCGAACGCGUCGCCACUAUGCAGAACCUCUCCACCCAAGUCGAUUCGCACCUCACCGACAUGCGCACCGCGUCCGAGAUGCUGCACAGCGCGCUCGACCGCCUCCGCACGCUCUCCGACUCCGUCCACACCCACGUGUCUGGUACUGCGGUGUUCCUCUCCGCCUGGGACGCCGAGAAAGAGACGCUCGCCACGCAGCUCGAGGAGCUCGACGGCCUGGUGCAGAUCUACCAGGGGUUCGAGGAGGCGUACGACAACAUGAUCAUGGAGACGGUGCGACGGGAGCGCGUGCGCGCGCACAUCGACAAGGUGCUGUCGUCUGCGCUGUCGAAGGUUGAGAAACUCGUCGGUCAGGAUGCGAAGGCGCGGGAGGAAUUCCGGGCGGAAGUGGGAGAGUUCCUGCCGGGGGAUAUAUGGGCGGGGUUGAUGGAUCCGCCGAGCCGGUGGGAGGUCAGGCAGGUUGAGGGUUCGGUGGCCGACAUGCCGAAUCUCAGCGAGCGGACGUUGGAGGAUGCGGAUCGGAGAGUUAGGAGAAGAGCGGAGCAGGCGGACUAG